AUGGACGAGUUGCCGACGCGGCUUCGGGACACUACGGCGCUGUGCUGGGCUGCAGGUUCAGGCAACGUAGACAUGCUUCGGCGGCUAUUGCAGGAAGGCAGGGAUGUGAACCUCGCAGACUACGAUCGACGGACGCCAUUGCACAUUGCAGCGAGUGACGGCAAUGCUGAGGCGGUGAAACUUUUGAUUCAAGCAGGCGCGAAUUGUCGUGCGAAAGAUCGAUGGGGUGUGACGCCGCUAGAUUGUGCAAAGGAUGCUGUCGUGGCGUCUUUGAUGUCGACUCAUAUCCGGGCAAUCCUUUUCGCCGACACGUCGACAUCUCCAUUUCGACGUUGCGGAAGUCACAACGAUUCGUUCGACCCUACAAGACGCAAGAGCAUGGAGGAGAUCCAGCAGGUUUUUGCCGCGAUUGCUGCUGGCGACACUGACGCGCUCAAACGCGCGUGGCUGGAUGGCCUGUCGCUUAAUGUUGUGGACAGUUUAGGUCGCACGGCGCUGCACGUCGCUGUCGAGAAAGAGCAAAUGAAUGCAAUCGAACUCUUGCUGUCGGCUGGGGCGGCUGUCGACGUGGUGGAUCAUGAAGGCCGAACACCCAUGUCGAUUGCCGUCGAGAUGAACGCGUCCAACGCACUUAGCCUCUUCCGUCGACACAUCUUCACAGCUUCUCCAUUGCAGACGGAGGCGCUGGCCACGUCCGACAUCCCCCUUGCGUUUGCCGCCAUCCAACACAACAACUUGCCUCGUCUUGAGCAGUUGGUGCCUCACCUUGUUCACCCUGACGUUCAAGACUACGACGCCAGGUCGUUGUUGCACGUGGCUGCCAGCGAGGGCCACCUCGCGAUCGUUCAGUUUCUCGUGGAGAUUGGAGCCAACGUCAAUUUGCUCGAUCGAUGGGGCAACUCACCCCUGUCGGAAGCCAUGCAUUUUGCGCACACUGCCGUGGCAACGUUCCUUCGGGACCACCAAGCCACAGAGCACGGGCUCGGCAUCGACGCAGACAAUUUAGCAAAGGCCUCAAACCCGCACGGUUUGGAAGCGGGGAUCCUCAACAAGGCGUUCGAGCACGUCUUGCGCUGUGUGUGUCGGAAAAACAAGUGGCUAGUCGGUGAAGUUUUUGUCCCGAUCACGGGCGAAGGCAAUGGAUGCGAGCUGGCCCUACACAACGUGUGGUGCCGUCCUGUUGGCAUCUCAAACGACAGCACGUUGUUCAAAUCGUUGACGCAGUUUCGGAGAGCAAGAGGGAUGAUGCUGUUGGAUCCAGGGCAUGACCUGGCGGGACGCGUGUACAGUGGUCAGCAGCCAGAAUGGAUUGCGAGCUUGCACACAACGAGCCAAAGCAAAUUCUUCUUUGUCCCGCAUGCGCGAAAAGCCGGGCUGAAGGCCGUGGUGGCAGUCCCGAUGGUCCACAAUUUAUCGGUCGUUGCCGUUCUCGCCUGGUAUGCGACUGAGCCGCUCGUGGAAGACAUGGACGAAGUGCACCGAAUGCAGCGGCUUGUCAAGGCUGUGGUGCUGCUGUGUGUGUUGCGCCAUAAGGAACCCACCGCCGCCAUGUCUCGGUUUCAGUACUGCCAAGCGUUGGAGCAAGUGUGUACAGGCCACGGCGAGCUCACGGCCGUCGAUACGGUAUCGGCAGAUGAUGCGGCGGUACAUGACGUGCUACCGUUGGCCAUUUCAUGGCGCUUGUUCGACUACGCGAUGAAGCUGUCGACGUCGAUGAGCAGCGAGGACCACUUGGCCACGAUUGACUUGCUUGGGGCGUUGGUGGCGCUGCUGAGGCGUGGGUUCUUUGACGACGCGUUGAAUUCCACCGUGCUCGAGCUGAGCGAGACGCACGUGUCGACUGCGAUUACCACCAAGGUAUAG